AUGUCGCUCUUCGGAGGUCAACAAACGCCCGGCCAAUCUCUGUCGCUCUUUUCGAACGCGGGUAAAUCCAGCCCCUUUGGCGGCGGUGGGACAACGGGAACAGGAACGGGGACAGGGAGCCUGUUCGGCGGAGGUACGACCACGGGAACACAACAGCAGCAGCAGCAGCCAAAUACAGGGGGAGGUGGUCUCUUUGGCUCGUCGACCACGACACCACAGCCGCAGCAAGGUGGUGGACUUUUUGGGUCGACUACACAGCAGAAGCCGCUCUUCGGACAAACGCAACCGCAGCAACCGCAGCAGCAGCAACAGACUGGGACAGGCCUGUUUGGAGGACCAUUGGGUGGUGGACAGGGACAGGAGAAGCCUGCGGGGGGCUUGUUUGGUGGUAGUCUAGGUGGAACGCAACAACAGCAACAGCCGCAACAGCAGGGAAGUCUUUUCGGAGGACUCGGCCAGACACAGCAGCAACAACAACAGCCGCAACAACAGCAGAGCCUCUUCGGCGGUGGUGGUUCUUUACUGGGUGGUGGCCAACAGCAGGGCCAACAGCAGCAACCGCAGCUGGGACAGUCGACGCAACCCCAGGGAUCGAGUCUGUGGUCCCCAGGGCGCGCGGUGACGGGUGUGCACCGGACAGUUCCAAUGCAGAUGACUAUCAUCAAAGACAAGUGGGAUCACAGCAAUCGGGCUUCUCCAUUCCGGACGUACCUGUACAAUAACGUUGGAGAGGACAAUGCACCCUUUUACCAACCGGGCCCACAGGACGAUGAGACAAAAUGGGAGGAUGCGCUACGGAGUCGACCAGACUCAGGCUAUGUCCCUGUUCUAGUGCACGGAUUCUGGGAACUCGGCAAGCGCGCACAGCGACAGAAAGACUUUUUGACCCUGAUACAACAACGCCUGCAUGAGAUCAAUAACUGCUUAACGGAGCUACUUUCUCGGCACGACCUGAAGAUUUCAGUCAAGAUCGCUGACUGCCGCCGGAAACAUCUGGUCCUCAGCAAGCGAUGCCUAGCACUCGCUGCCAAAACACAGGUCCUCCGUAACAGGGGAUACGCGAUGGAUGACGCCGAGGAGGAGUUGAAGAAGAAGCUUGCGCAACUGGAGCGGUCUGUGUUCGACCCCUCGCUCAACGGCCGCGGUGAGGAGAUCUGGGCUCGUAUGCUGGCAAUCCGGGAACACUCCAAACGACUACAGACGGAAAUGGAACGGGCCGGUGCUGGCGCUGCGGCGCAGACGGAGGAUGACUUGGAUGAGAAUACGAUGAAGAUAGCUAAGAAGGUAUUGGACGACUACCACGCCCAGAUCCAGCAUCUGCAGAAGGAGAUGGAGUCCGUGAAAAAGGACUUCGAGGAAGCGACAAAGUCGCUUAACUAA